AUGUUCAAGGUAAUCCAGAGGUCCAUGGGGCCAGCCAGUCUGAGUCUACUCACCUUCAAAGUCUAUGCAUCACAGAAAAAGGACGCAACUCACAAAGCUACUGUGAAGGUUAAUGAGCUUUCACUCUACUCUGUUCCCGAAGUUCAGUCUAAGUAUGUGGAGGAGCCAAGGACUGAACUUGAAGAGAGCAUCUCAAAUCUCCGACAGUAUUGCGAGCCAUAUACAAGUUGGUGUCAGGAAAAGUAUUCCCAAACUGAGCCCAAGAUGAAAAGUUUGGUUCAAUGGGGGUCAGACAGCUAUGAAUUUCUCCAAAAUGCUCCUCCUGGAUUUUUUCCAAGACUUGGUGUUAUUGGUUUUGCUGGCAUUGUUGGACUCCUUUUGGCUAGAGGUUCAAAACUAAAGAAGCUGGUAUAUCCACCUAUUUCCAUGGGGUUAGCUGCCUCGCUGUAUUACCCACAACAAGCCAUCGUAUUUGUCCAGGUCAGUGGGGAGAAAUUAUACGACUGGAGUUUACGAGGAUACAUAGUUGUAGAAGAUUUGUGGAAGGAGAACUUUCAAAAGCCAGGAAAUGUGAAGAAUUCAUCUGGAAAUAAGUAG